AUGACCUCGACGCAGAACGUCCUCAUAGCGCCCCAGGGUGAUGGGAGCUACGGGUCGCGGAAAGACGACAGUGACUUGAACACGGAUGGCCGUCUAGUCACGUUCAUCGACACCCCCGGUUUCGAUGACACAACAAAGAGCGGCGCAGACAUACUAGCAAUGAUCACAGCUUUCCUCGCGAGCACUUAUCGACAGGGGACAACGCUUUCUGGGGUGAUCUACAUCUACCGCAUCUCUGACUUCCGUAUGGGAGGUAUCUCGACGCGCAAUUUCAAGAUGUUUCGCAAGCUCUGUGGCGAAGCGACAUAG